AUGUCAAAAAAAUCAAUUGCUAUCAUCGGUAUUUCAGGUUCCUUAGGUCAACCAGUUCUUGAUGCUUUCAGUUCUGCUACUUUUAAAGAUCAAGUUAAGUUCCCUAUUAAGGUUAUUUCAAGACAAAAGAUUGAAUCUACUGAUUUAGUUGAAUAUAUUCAACUUGAUUUAAGUGAAGAAACUAUUCCUCAAUAUGUUAAAGAAUUAAAAGGGUUCAAUACUAUUAUUGAAUUAAUUCCAUCAAAUCCAACUUUAUUUGAAUUAGUUAAUAAGAUCAUUGUUCAAGUUAAACCAGAUUUAUUUAUCCCAUCUCAAUUCGGAUUAGAAAUUGAUCAAGUUAAUACUUAUUUACCUAAAUUCUUAGGUCAUAAAACUAAUCAGUCUGCUGUGGUUAGAGCUGCUAAUGUUAAAGUUGUUGAAUUAAUCACUGGGUUUUUCAUCUUACCUGGUUUUUACUUAUAUGAAGUGGUUCAACAAGUUGGUAUUAAUCCAAAGGAUAACAGUUAUGAACAAUUUGGGGAUUUAAAUAAUAAAAUCGCGGUUAAUCAUGUUGAUAAUAUCGCUAGUUCAAUUGCAAGUUUAUCAACUUAUCCAUCUCCAAAUGAAUUACCUGAUAAAGUUAGAAUUGCUGGGGAUGAAAUUAGUUUUAAUCAAAUUAUUAAAACUUUUGAAAAGAAUCAUAAUGUAACUUUAACUAAAAAGAGAGAAUUAACUUCGGAUGAAGCUUUAGCUGAAUUAAAACAUUUAUUCGCUACUGAAGGUCCUAAGCAUGAAAAAGCUUUAUAUUACUUACAUGUUGUCGCUUCUCAAGGUACUAAUAAAGGUAUUCAUUAUUCAACCAAUGAAAAUGAAAUCGUUAAUCCUGGUGAAAAAUAUUGGAAAUGGAUUAAAUAUUAG